AAAUCUUUCCCGACGAUGCUUCGUAAAGGUAAAUCUUCCAAGACUAUCAGCGUGAAAGUGACUACGGUUGAGUCGCAACUUGAAUUUGAAAUAUUAAAGAAUGCUCCUGGCCAGCAACUCUUCGACCAGGUUGUCCGCACGAUUGGUUUGCGCGAAGUUUGGUUCUUCGGAAUCCAGUAUAUUGACAAAGAUAAUAAUCCAUCGUGGUUGCGUCUUGAGAAGAAGAUAUCUUCCCAUGACUUCGCCGAAAAAUCAGCUUAUGAAUUCAAGUUCGUUGUCAAGUUUUACCCCGAAAAUGUUGCGGAGGAGCUUAUCCAGUCCACGACCAUCCGAUAUUUCUAUCUCCAGGUGAAGAACGACAUUAUGAGCGGCAAAAUCUACUGCCCUACGGAAACUGCCGUCCUUUUGGCCUCAUACGCAUGCGUGGCAAAAUACGAUGUAUACAACCCCUCUACCUGUCCUGCCAAGUUGCCAGUCGACAGAUUGAUACCUGAUCAGGGACAAUAUAAUCUAAGUGAAGAAGAGUGGUACAAUCGCAUCAUUUCAUACUACAAGGAUCAUGAUAUGUCGCGUGAAGAUGCCAUGGUGAAGUACUUGGAACUGGCGCAGGAUCUGGAAAUGUACGGUGUCGAAAUGUUCUCAAUAAAGAAUAAAAAGGGAACUUCUCUGAUUCUCGGUGUCGAUGCCCUUGGACUAAGCAUCUAUGAACCGGACAACCUGCUGGAUCCGAAGAUAGGCUUCCCUUGGUCGGAAAUCAGCAAACUAUCGUUUCAUGACAAGAAGUUUGUUAUAAAGCCCGCCGAUUCCACUGCGAAGGAGUUCUACUUUUUGGCCGAUAAAUCGCGUAUCAACAAACGUAUUCUUGCACUGUGCACCGGCAACCACGAACAAAGGUUAAGGGAGGAGCGCCUGCGGCGCAUGGAGUAUGAGCAAAAGUUGCACGAUCUGAAAGUGGAGAUGCGGCAGAAGGAGACUAGUUUCAGCGCCAUGACGGCCAAGGUUGACGAAUUCCAGGCCAAAAUUACGGCGCUCGAAGCUUUACUAGCCCAGGAACGCGAAGAACGCAACCGACUGGAGACAUCUCAAGCUCACCUGGCAAAGCUCAACGAGCAACUGAAGGAGGAGACUGCUGCCUCCGCCGAGGAGCCUGGUUCACAGGAUGACGAGAACGAAGCUCGGGACCUAGAAGUGAUCCCGAAUUGCCGACGCCCAGAAGAGUCGCGUACUACCACUGUUUCCGGCAACGCCGAUCUGCAGACAAAGCUCAAGAACCUAAAGGAGGACUUGUCGAGUGCACGUGAUCAGUCCCGAAUGCGCGAUAUCGACCACCGCCAUGAGCACAACGUGCGUGAAGGCAAUGACAAAUACAAGACCCUGCGCCAGAUCCGCCAGGGCAACACAAAAAUGCGUGUUGACCAAUUUGAGGCCAUGUAA